UCUGGAUGUUUCAAAAUGGAUACUUUGUUUUCGGGGGUGUAAAAGCAACUCUUUUUUGCUAUGUGACAAGGUUAGAUUAAUUGAUAAAUGGGAAGAGUUAAAGUUGCUUUUGUUUGGCAGUUGGUUUUGGAACUUGUAGAGUGUAACUGUUAUUUUUCACUUGAAUAGGGGUGCUUAUAUAGAAGAGGAUACACGAUUUGAUAGAAAGUUUUGAUGAAAUAUAUUUUGCUUUUUGAAUGCUGUCUUAUCAAUAUGAUGUGUGCUAAGAGGACUGAACUUAAAGUGAUCAUUUUGUGUUUGCCAUUUAGAUCACCCUCAAAGUGAUGUGUUUGUUAUUGCCAUUUCAGAUCACUAGUUUGUGUUCAGUUUGACAAACAGGCAGAAAGAUCGCUGCACAUUUUGCCGUUUGCUUGUCCUUUUGAGAAGGUUCCUCCAAACGACUGUUCUAUUAAUCGUUGUUGAACUCUCUGCCUUACGUUUGAUAACUGGUUAUACCAGAAACAUUUGAUAACUGGAUAUUCAAGAUUACGUUCUAUUUAUACUUCUAUUCUUUUGCAACACCUUCUUUUCAAUCACCAUCAGUUCUAUUACUAAAACGAUGCAAGUUUGAAAAUAGCAAUUUUCCAUUCCAUGUUUCCUUAUCUAAGACCAUGAUAAGAGCAAUAACUUGACAGUUUUAACCGUAUCAGAGUAAAUGUGUGUGAUUCAAAUUACACGUUUAAUUUUGAUUUUAUUCAUUGAUCAUUAAAUUCAUACCAUCUGAUCCGAAUGCCAAUUUGUGCAUCACUGUUAGGAAUGUGUCGCGCCCAUUAACACUCAUUUAUUAUCGAACUUUUCAUCCCCUUGCCGAAACAUUAGAAGAAUUUGGUAAUUACUGUUAACAGUCUCAACCCUUCAACGUUCCUAAAGAAAUGAUUUGCUUUCUUUCUGUUUCAUUGAUCUCAUUUUGAUAUACAUGAAGACGACAUCCAAUAUUUAUGUAUGGACGAUAUACAUCAAUGUUUUUUGUCUUUGUUUUUGUUUUAACUUCCAAAUUGUAAGUGUUUUUUUGUUAUUGUAAUCUGUAACAUGUAAUUUGUAACAUUUGAUAUAGCCCUUAUUUCAAAUAAACAUGUUUAAUGUAAUGGUCACCGGUUUGCUAUGUAUUCCAUGCUCCCUGUGGCAUCGUCUUGUAGUUUGUCCGUUUUGCAAAAUUUUAUGCGAAUAUAUAAAAAAAGGAAAAAAAGACGACAAUCCCAUUCCAAUAGGUUAAUGGUCUCGUUUCGGCGUUGAUAAACGCAGGAAAAGCUGUGGGUAGGUUCUAAACCACAUAUACCAUGAAUUUCCACUCGGUGCUUAAAACACAUAGGCAAGUUCAGACAGGCCAAUGAACAGGAGGCUUCCGUUUUGCAGAAAUGGCAUCUAGACUAGAUGGCUCAACAUUCAAUGGUCGACUCUCCCUCCGUACCUCUGAUAACUGCCAGAAGGGUAAAUUACUUCAGAAUCCCAAUUUCGAUGCCAGUAAAGAGCUUGAGAGCAAACUAGUUUAUAAGGAAGGGAAUUCAUUUGUCGCUACAAUUGACAAUGUUUUUACAGCAGAGCAAUGUGAGGAAAUAAUCAAAAACUGUUUACACGAACAAUUUGACUCAAUGAUUGAUAAAUACAUAGCAAAAAAGAGAAACAACUCAAGAAGGCUUGUCUUGGACUCUGAUCUUGGGUCAGAUUUAUGGUCGUUUCUAAAGCCUUGUCUUCAUUCUAUACUCGAGGAGAAUGAGAUAUCUUGUUUACCUUUAGGUUUUGAUGUUUUGAGGGGAGAGUGGCAGUUAGAUGGCCUAAACGAAGCUUUUCGAAUUAAUAAAUACUGUUCUGAAAAGAUAGAGUUCUUUUCACCACAUAAAGAUGCUCAGUAUUGUCCAAAUGGAGAUCAUAGGUCAAUCUUGACUUUGUUGAUUUAUGCAAACGAUGAUUUUAGUGGUGGGGAGACCAAUUUCUAUUUUCCAAAAAUAGCAAAGAACUCUGAUUUUGCAAAGAAACGGAUAUUUUUGAAAGACCAGACCAUUCAAGAGGAAAUUGAUAAACGAGGUGGGUUGCAGAAAGGCUACUUGAAGUUCACUGUCAAUCCGUUGAUCGGAAGAAUCGUAGUCUUCAGCCAAAAUGUCCUGCACGAGUCUUCUCCAGUUGAAGGUGGGACUAAGAUUUCGAUAAAGAGUGAUGUUCUUGCCAAACGUAUAAAUAAGAUGUAUGGCUUUGCUGUUUGCGAGGAAGAAAGGGAGGAUUACCGAAAAUGUCUUGACUAUUUUCGACGUGCACAAACAUAUGAACUCGAUGGAUACAAGGAGAAAGCUGGAACGUUAUAUGAAAGAGCUUUGUCAAUAAGGUAUUGCUAUCCAAAUGCCCUUCAGAAGGAGGAAGAAGACUGCACACAAACCUCAUACAACGAUGAUUAUUGCACAUUCCCUACUGUAGUAUGGCAUCGUAUUUUCGAUUUUCUAAGUGGGGUUGAUAUUGAAUCGGUUGUAAGAGCAUUCCCUGUUCUAUGGUCAACAAGAAAAGACUGGGAGAUGCGAAGAUGCUUGAAAGACAAAAACACUUACGAGGGCAACCCUCUUUAUAUUCCUGAGGUUGUUCUUCAUGAUGGGAUGACCACAUGUUUCAAGUUCUGCGAUUCCUUUUUCUUUGAAGAAAAUGAGGAAAGCUGUGUCAGAGUUGCUGCCAUGUAUGCAUUUUAUCUUCUUGGACAUAAAGUUGAUGAAAAAUUCUACACAGUUAGGUACGAUCCAGAUACUCAAGAAGUAACAGCUGUUGCACUGAAAUCUCUGCUUUUGGAUACAUUUCUGAACCGACCUUGCUACGGGGCAAUUUAUGCAGUCAACCAGGUUGACGAGGGUAAUCAAAACCCCAAAUUAGAUUUUCACGAAUCAGUAGAUAGAACAUAUAUGUCACUGAGGCAUAAUGCACAGUUUGUCGGCACUCCUGUGAAAGAAAACAUGACUGUAAAGGUCAAAUGGCCUUACAUCAAAGAGAGUGAUCUAGAUAAACUUGUUGCAAAAAUGGCGGACUCUGACUCAGAAGAAGACACGAGUGAUCAGGAUUCCAAUAUUUCCGAUGAUUCAGACUCUGAAGGUGUUGUGAAAAUGUUUAAGGACGCUGUUAUGAAUUCAAUCGAGAAGACGUUAAGUUUGGUCGAUGAUCCAGUAGAGCAUUUUGUCUAUGGCUAUGAUACUGAAUUUUCAGAAUUCUCAAGUUUCCCCGUUGUUUUAAAGGAGGUGACAAGGUGGGAACAUCUGGAUGGUGAAAUCAAUUCUGGAACUUAUGAUGAGGAUACUUGGUAUGAAAAAAGCAAUGUGAUUAAUCCACAAGAAGGGCCUACUUGUGAUAAUUCGUCUGCUGUCAAUCUCUAUUUUCGUAAGACAGUAGAGGUUGUAAAUGAAAACCCAGCAGUCUCUGCUACAUUGGUUUCCAAAUUGAAAAAGCCAGUUGAAAUUGAUGGCCACCUGUGCUUCUGCUAUUGGCCGGGUGGGGAAGGGUACUCACAAAUUGACAAGUCUUGUCACACAAAAUGCUACAACCAUCUUGUGUUUGACUUUUCAACUCACCAAAUGGCAGUUGUAAAGGAAGAAUCACCGAAACAGGACUCAGAGGAAUUCCAUGACAAAGAAGAUGCUGGGUGUCCAGAGAGGGAGGAGCAUUGCCCAUUUUACAACAUUCCGUUUUUCGGUUGCACUGAAGAGGACCUUGGUGGAUUGACAGAUAUCCGCAGAUACAGAGUAGAUCUGCUGCCACUUCUUAAACAGGCCUAUCCAUUUAAUCAUGCUAGCUGUAACUGCUACGUUCCCAGUUUUACCAUCACCGAAUGUCAAAACUUACUUGAUUACCCUAUAUUGAACCACGUCCAUGUUGUUGGUGGUGUAAAAAGUGGAACCACUGAGGUCCUGCUGUGGGUGAUUUAUGGCGGAAUAGUCGCUCUUUGAGUUUCCCAUAUUUAUUCAAGAUUUUUACAACAGAGUGCUUUUUUAGUUAAGUCUCCAAUUCCGAAAUUCUUUUUAACAGAUAUUACGUCUAUCGUCGAUCCUGGAAAUUUUGUGACAGCCAUUCCAAACUUCCCUCUGAUAAAAUUCAUAGAGUAAACAGCUGCAAAACUUUGCUGAGAUCAGGUAAUAAAACAGUCAUUGUUGAUUAACAUUUCUUUGAAAAUUGCUUCAGCUAAAAUUGCCUUUUCUUUAAAUUAAUGCAGUUUUAGCAUGGGUGCAGAUUCUAAACUCCCUGUUGAAGAGGCUAGUGGAAUAAUUUAAGAAGCCACAUUGUUAAACGAUUCGAUUCCAUGUCGCGAAGAAAACUAUCAUGAAUGGGUUGCACGCAGAAAAUAUCAGAGGUAUCUUAAACGACUCUUUCAAACGAUGCAAAUUUAGUUUUAUUAAAUUACUCAAGGACCGUCGUUGCUACUUGUGUUAUACACAACAACGAUUGGAAGAAAAAACAUGGUUAUUUGAUUGACAACGAAUAACCAACUAUAAUUUCUUUGAACUCGCAACAGGAGAGUCACAUAGCAUUACGAACAAGCUGUCUACAAGCUUAUUACCUAGUAGGUCUUGAAUAGUAAGUAAAAACAGGUUUCCCUCCUUUGUAUUACUUUAAAGAUCUUCAAGAAAGCAUUUUGUUUUAUCUUUGAGUAUUACUCUUCAACUGUAUGCAAUUUAUUCUUAAAGUUUACACAAAUGUUAAUUAUAUUGGCUUACCAAUUUUUGUAAGAUAUAUUUCUAUCUGUGGUGAUCUUAAUUUUCUAGUCCUUCUGACAGAAAUUGACAGCGCCCAGAAUUUAAGGGCUGUGCAAGUCUGUUGUCUAAUCAUCAGGUAAAGAACGCUUAAUGCAAGGAUACUACUAGAUCUAGGUUUCGUAAUAUCAUUUUCUUUACGUUAAUGUCAAGUAAUAAAUAUUUCUUUACGUUGAAUAGUUAAUAGUUUAUAACCUGUAAAAUUACUUCUUAGUUUCAUUGUGUCUGUUUUUGAAUUGAAGUUUAUGUCUAAUAAUAAAUAUUUGUCAACUAUCAGAAGAGACAAACAAAAUGUGUUGGAAGUACAGAAUAUGGUUGUAGAGUCCAUGGACCGCAGCAACAUUUUGCAUGUUUCGCCCUUCCAAACUUUUAGAGCCCCCCUCCCUCAUAAUUAACAUGCUCAGCUGUUCCUUGUUGAACCCUUGUACGGAAUGCGAUAAUUUGCCAGAAGCUGUUUUUUCCCUUUUUAUAUAAGUUACUUUUUCAAGAGAACUUUAUGUGUCACAAGAACGUUACAAGAACAGCUUAAAGCUGAUGUGACUGCAAAAGAACCAAAGUUUAAAUUUUCAAAAAAGAUUUCUCGAAGCUUUGAAUAAACCUCUCGAUUCUUGCAAAAAAGUCAUGAAAAAUAACGAAUGCUAGCAUCGGCCAAGUAUUGAAACUUCAGCGUAUUACGACACGCAAUUAUAACAUGCAUUUUUCAGUCGUAGAUGUUAAUUCAAAAAUUGAAGAACAAUUGAGUCUUUGUGCCCAAAAUUAAGGUACUUUCUAUGACCUACCUUUUAACUGAUAGGAAAUAGACAAGGCCUCGCACGACCCAAUUCUAAACUGGCGGGGAGGGGGAAGGAGAAGCAAUGGAAAGAAAUUCUUCUCGCGGUGUCUUGUCCCCAUAGUGGCAAAACCUUUUGCUGACCCUAUCUUACUUGUGGAUCUUGACUAAAUGUAUUAUGUUGUAAUUUCCUGUUUUGAUACAUAAAAUUUGCUAAUUUUAAUCCUUUGUUUAGCAAGAAUUUGAGCCCCCUUGGCCGAAACCCAGUGGCGCGGGCCCUGCAGGUUAAAGGUUUUCACUACAGGGAAAAAGCCACCGUGUAACAAGACUGGAGAGGUUUUUUAUUCACGGGGACAGGGGCAACAAAAUUGGUUUCAUAUUGUGGCUAAUAUGAAAGGGUUUCAUAUUGUGAGUGUAAAAGAGCGUUUUUGGUUUAGAAAAUAUGUAAAAUGUAUUUUUGGUGGAAGAUCGUCCCAAUCGAAAACGGCUAGUUUUUAUUUUUCUUCAGUUUCCUUGCGGUUUUAAGACAAGUAGAUAUGGCAGGGACAGCAAAAUUUGCAUUAGACUGGCUGGGGGUGGGAUGUCAUACCAAAGAGACUGACUGGGGACAAAAGAUCCACGUUAUCAGCUACUGCAAUAUGCAGGGGCGGGUUCAGAGCAAAUUUAAAGGAGGGACAGUUGGUAAUUGGGGCUAAGAAAUUUUCAGAAGUUGGUAACAAGAGUACGCUGUAUACACAAAUAUUUCCGACCCUAAUUGCUGACGGAAGUCCCUCUAUUCACGUUCUAAAAAAAAUUCCACAGUCAUUGUGUCAAAACAAUGAUACAUAGUCUGAGCAUAACUAAAGGUCUCUUGGAGAAUUUCUCUCCCAAAAGAUAAAUUUUUCGGCUGAACAUUCACUACUCCGUCAUGGCUUCAACUCUGCUAGAGUACUCUGCAAAAGAAGCUGACUUAUAAGCUUUUUUCUUACCGAGAAAACGAAUUUUGGGGGGCCCAGAAACUUUUGCCACUCUUGGUUUAUUUUUCAAUUGGAGUAUGGCUGUGUAAUUAGACAGUACUUUAAUGAAUGCGCCUAACACGCAAUAGUAUGAUUGAUUGUUCAGGGUUUGAUGCAGGCAGCCACUAUGGUUGGUGGCAGAAGAAGUUUUUGCAACUAUGACAUUCUAGAGAUAGACGGAAAAUGGGUCUGGGGGUAUUUGCAACAUCGACUGAGAACCAAUGAUUCUAGACACAAAAGACAAAUGCUCUUUCAUAAUUAUACUUCAUAGUUUUAUUUGGUUUGAUUAUGACAUGAAGAUUAGACAACUUUUAAGCGCAAGAAAUUGAACACUGUUUGAGCGAAGGCAGGAGUUAGAGAACACAACAUUAUGGAUAGCCUUUGUUGUCUUCCAAAGAAUGAUUUUUCUAGUAAAACAUUAUCCAUUUUCAGAAUAAACAAGUUACUUUUUUACCUGAUUCUUGUUCUCCAAAAGGGGCGCCAGACUUCCAUAAUUUCUAAAAAAAGAGGCGCCCUAGUUGGCCCCCUUAAAUCAGCCACUGG